AUGACAGAUCUGCAGCGGCCUGGAACUUCAGAACCCCCAAACCGCACAAACCCACUUUCAUCCGCACAAAGCACACGCAAUGCUGCGCAAAAACCUAGUCCAAAGCAAUAUCUGGCUCCGCUCCCCAACUCCACUUCACCUUCUUCCUCCCCGGAUCGCCGCACACCCCAACCUCCCCCAACAAAGCUCGCACAAACAAUAAGCAAUUUGACAGAACGCACUCGGGCAGCUCGUGAAUCACUGGAAAAGAUGACGCAACUAACUGCCCAACUUCGGGAACAAUGCAACUUGCAAGAUGCCGAAUGCGCCGCGUUGGAAACCGAAAAAACCAGGGCAAAGGAGGAGUUGGAAGGGAUGAUCAAGCGAGUGGAGGAACUCGUAAAAGAAAAAGUGAAGGUUGAGCAUCGGUUGGAGGAACUGAGAGGAGAGAAUGAUAGAUUGGAGAGUUUCUUGGCUGAGAGUGAGACGGUCGCUAAAUCCACUGCAACCUUUCUGAAACCAAAAACAUCGCACCAAAAGCAACUGUCCUAA